CCGCGCACCUGUGGUCCUUCACUCUGUAUUACCCACGUAUAAACACGAGUUCACACGGGCGACCAGGUUUAACCACGUUCACGCCGUUAAUUACCCCGACAUAAGUGAGUUUGACCGAGAUUAACUGGCGUGAUACCGGGAUUAUCACAUAAUCCUGAGUUUAUGACGACCAUGAAUCCAGCCAACAGAGAGGAGGGUGAGAAUCCUGCAGAAGGAUCAGGACCAGCAGGAGAAGGACCAGCAGCAGGUGGUCUGUACUUGGACGCAUACGAAGUGUCUUUUCCACUGGAGCACAGUGUGGACAGGAUGUCCUGCUACCAUCACCUGGGCCAAGGUCAGCACCUGAUGGACGCAGAGCCAGUGGGUGCAGAGCCCCCUCCCCCUCCUUACAGCCCCUUUAUCCUGGUGUCCAACCUCCGCGCUCACCUCUACGUGGCUCUGGAGAAGAACAGCUGGCUGCAGAAACGGAUCCAAGAGCUGGAGGAAGAACGCAACUUUCUGCGCUGUCAGUUGGACCGAUUCAUCAUCAGCAUAAGGAGCCCGGAGCCUGACUGUUACACCAAUGCCAAACGCAGCUUCAAAGCCCCGCCCCCCUGUCCGGUGCCUCCAUCUUCCCCAAUGACCACCAGGUCCGGGAUGACCCUCAAACGCCUGCAGGGGACAGGACGGCAGAGCCGUUACAGAGGCCACGCCCAUACCCAGACCAUCAGUGUUCCAGUGAAGCAAGAGUUCCACUUAGAAGAAGAGAAGUUCUACACUGAGAAUGAGUUCAUGGAGGAUGAGGAGGACAUGGAGGAGGAGGAAGAGGAGGAGGAGGACUUGACAGCAGAGAGGGGUGUAAAGAAGAGAGGAGGAGGAGAGAGGAGGAUGAAGAUGAGGAGGGUCUUUACCAUCACUCACAGCAGAGAGAGACAGAGAGUCAAAGAUCCAGAGGGAGUUCUGAUUCGCUACAAGAAGAUCCUGUCCACCUAUCAGAGGGUCCGUAGCAUGUCCCGCGCUUUCCAGAUCCACGGAGUGGACCGAAACACCAUGGCCUCCACGUCUCCCAUCGCCGAGCUGCUGCUGGUCGCUCCCGACAAGGUGGCAGAAGUGGGUGAAUUUGAGGCCUCUAAGGAGAAACUGCUGGAUUACGCUCGAAGAUGCUACAGGAUGAUGGAUGAAGUGACGCACGCAAAAGUCCAGAGCCUGAAGAAGAUUCACAAACUGUUGCCGAUCUCGUACCGCUUCAGGAACUGAGCCCAAGCGUAAUCCCAAAUAAAUACUGGUCCCGACCUUAGAUGUGGACCAGGUGUACGACAUGAGUGAAGUUUAUUUUGUUAACAACACGAAACUUUAGUUUUCUGUAGGUUAUGGAUGGACAGUCUGUCUGUCACCAGUCCGUUCUGUUCAUUUCUGUUAGGGUUGGUUGUUAGGGUUAGGGUUUCUAACCACUCACUGUGGGGUUUUGGUGAAAUGUAUCAAAUGAAGAUGGUGAUUUGUUCUUGUAUGAAACCUGAGUUAAAACCAGUUAAUCAAUAGAAGUCUUUGUGUUUUGACUGUUACCAUCCUUUCAUCUGUGGAUCCUUGUUAGUCAUAGAGUUAACAGAUUAAAACCUUUGAAAAACCUUGAAAGUACUUGAAAUUGGCCUGCAAGAACACUGCUCUCCGGGCACUUGUGCUGCCCACUGCCCACUGAUGGCUAAAACACAGCAGUGACAUGUUGUGAUCAGUGGGCUGUGUCUCCGGUGUUCUCGUUCAAAUGUAUUACGUCGAAGAUUGUUUUUUUUUUGUUGCUGUGAUUGUUUUUGUACAAAAUGAAGGAAACUGUAACUCGGUAAAUGACGCGCGAAAAGCCACAGAUCAGAAGAAACUGCCGAGAUUUUCUUCAGCUCUUCGGCACCCUCCUCUGGCCGUCGGUGGCACAGUCAGACCGGAAGUACUAAAACAGCCUGGUUGUGACGUUGGUGAAACAAGCGACGAGUCAGACCACAGCCACAAUGAAGAACCAAACGAAAGCGGGGCCGGCCUUCAGUGAGCUGGGCUGAUGUUAGGGGGCGGGGCUUCUCGGCGGCCAUCUUGGUUGUGCAGAGGUGAUUGUUUAGGGAAAACUGAAGAUUUCCUGUAAAAUCCAACUUUUUAGAAGAGCUGUGUGGGAGUAAAAGAAGGUGAAGAAAAAUAACCGUGAGCCAAAAAAAAA